CCCUCUCCACUUCAAAUCCUUCGCGCAUUCCCAUCCCUACCAUGCCCAAUCACACCCUACCAGCUCCACAACCGUGAGGCUCUGCUCUAAUCUACGCAUCUUUCCACCCAUCCACCAAUUCAGACACCGGGGGGUCCACCGCCCAACUGCCCACCCCACCCACCGACCCUCGCGCCGCCCCGCCGUCCCUGUCCUGCCCAGGAUAUGUGAGAAAACAAGCAAGAGGAAUUAGAGACCAUCCUGACCGGCCGGCCCAUGAAGAAACACAACAACGACCGCUGUAAACGCCAUGCCCACCCACGCGGGACACGGCACAGCUUCCCAGCAUACUCUAUCCUCCAUUGACAUGCAGGGAUACUUGGGGGGUACAUACACUCAUGUGCAUGCAUGCGUUCUUUGGUGGGUGCCUUUCUUUCCCUUAUGUCCUCUCUCUCUCUCUCUCACUUGCCCUCCAUGGCUCUACACCUCUCUCUCUUCCUUUAAAUCUCCCCCCUCCUCCUCCUUCCUCCUCUUCCCUUCUUUUUUUUUUUGCUCUUCUUCCUUCUUCUCACUAUUAUCAUUCAACCUUAACCAACACCAACACCAACACGCAACAACACGCAUGUAAAGUGGCUAGCUAAGCCUCUUUCACCCAUCACGCCUACACUCCGCCUUGGCCGCCCACAGUCAGUCCGUGACGUCUGAUUCCCCCCAUCCACCGUCUGCCCGGCGAGGCGAAGCAACAUCCCUCCCGCCCUCGUUCCCAAUCCAGCUCCCACACUGGCCGACGCCCUGUCAACCACCCAACACGACGUCACAAAGCUCACCAACAGCCGUCCGUCUAUAUCAUCACUCUCAUCCCGAGCCUUCCCUCUCUUCCCAACAGGCGCCCCUUCCAGGCUCCUACCCACCUACCUACCUGCCAUGGAUUACCAGCCCCAAACCCCAUGGGAACGUUCCCAGAUAUUUGCCUAUAACAACAGUAUGAUGGCCUCCCAGGUCGAUCAGCAAGAGGCUUCCUAUCCCGUGGACCCCAUCAACUGGAUUACCAACCUGGAGCCCGUUCCCGUCCCGCGCGGCCGCUCCCACCCGGAUUCCCAGCAACAGGAGUGGGCUCAGCAGACCCUCGAGCAGUCAAAGGCCUCCUCCUUCGGCAAUAUGCAGAACCGCCAGAACCAGAACCAACAGUACUCUUACCAAGAGGCCCACCAGAACACUUACCCGGCGCCCCAGCAGCUACACACUUCCAACCUCCCCUAUGGAUCUUCGUCGGCGUCGUUCAACCACUGGGCCCCAUCUCCCGGCGCCGAUUCUCGCGAUAGCAGCGCGCUGAGCCCACAGAGCGAGCGCGAUUAUCGCCAGGACAUCUCUCUCGUCUCGUCUCCCUACGCCGCACAUGCUCUCACGCGCUCACACUCCGGUAUCAGCUCUCUCAGUCAUGAAGCUGAGUACUAUGGUGGUGGCGGACAGCAGUUUCAACAGCAGACGAUUCCCAAUAUGUCCCUGAUCCACCCCGAAUUGGACGAGGACCCAACAUUCAGAGGGCGAGAGGAGAUGUUCAUGGACCACGACUCCGGCGAACAAGACACCUCCACUUCCAUGACCACCACCCUCGCCCCCCGCCCACCACCACACUCACACAACCAAUUCCUCCACCCGCACCUCUCCCCCGCGCCCUCCAUCCACAGCCACCACUCCCCGGCCCUCUCAUACACAACCCCCAACCCGCCCGCCCCCCGCCUCACCCCCCACCAAUCCCCAAUGGAAGUCGACGACGCAGACCUAGACGCAGCAUUCGAUCUCGACUCCCCCGUCCCCGCCAACGAUGACACAGACACAGACGGUACAUGGACCCCGCACGCGGCGCGUCGUCUCACCCGCGUCUCUCGCGCCCCGCGACGACGCGGAAGUCGACGCACUGCUGCUUCUGCUGCUGCUCCGACGACGGCGAGGGUGCUGCAGCCGACUUCCGGGUCUGGCGUGACGAAGCGGGGGCGGUCUAAUCCCCACCACCCGUCUUCCUCCUCUGCAGGGCGCACGACUGCGAAUGCAAACCCGACGUUCCCGUGUACUUUUGAGUGGGCGGGGUGUACAUCCGCGUUCGCGUCGAAGAAUGAGUGGAAGAGGCAUGUGGCUAGUAAACAUACAUGUUUCUUCUACUGGGAGUGCCGCGUCGGUUCAUGUUCUGCCCCGGGGCAGUCGGGGAAGUUUAAUCGCAAGGACCUGUUCGCGCAGCAUCUGAGACGUAUGCACGCACCUCCCUCUUCCACCGCCAAAUCCGGCCCGGGGAAAGACGCCUGGGAGAGACGACUAGCUGAGUUACUCGAGGAGGGGAAGAAAAAGGGGAGAGCGCAGAUCAUGAAGACGCACUGUCCCGUUUCCGGGUGCACAGCCGGGUGGGAGGGACCGAGGGCGUGGGAUGAACGGAUGGAACAUGUUGCGAGGCAUUGGGAGAAUGUUAAGGGAAGGGGGGGGGAGGGGUGGUGUGAGAGUGGGGGUGGGGUGUUGGAGUGGGCGGAACGGGAGGGGGUGGUGACGAGGGCGGAGGGGAGUGCGGGGGGGUGGGUGUUGGGGGAGGGGGUAGGGGAGGUGGAUGCUGUUGGGGAGGAGGAGUAGGGGGGUGUAUACAGGUGGAUGGAUGGGUAUCUGGUCACUCAUCUGCCAACAGACGAUCUCAGGCACUAUCACGCACGAUCACGCACUACCACGCACCAACGGCCUUCUGCAUCGCAUCGCAUCGCUUCGCAUCACUUUACGACCCGAUCAUACUUUUCAUGCGCCUCAGCUUUGAGACGGAUGGUUCGCUUGUUAUGUUAUAUACGACCUCGCCUUUCUUACUUUGUAUUUUUCCUUUCGUCAUUCGUCACAUUUGUCAUUUGUUUUUUAUUUUCUUUUGUCGUUGUUUUUGGGAUUUGGAUUUUGGGUUCUGGGUUUCGGGAGAUGGAUGAUGGGACGAUACGUUUUUUACAGACCCCCCCCCCCACCAGCUCUUACGUUGGCGUGAGGGCAUCUGUACAUCCCCCCCCCCGAGGGAAGGGGCCGGAUGAUGGUGAUGAUGAUUAUGGAUAUGGAUAUGGGUAUGGAUAUGGGUAUGGGUAUGCAUGACGGAUAUCAUGAUGCGACAGCGAUUUUUUAUAGAACGGAUGGGUAUUGGAUGGGACAUUGGUAUUGGUAUGGGACAUUGGUAUGGGGGACACAUGGAUUGGGAAUUAUUAUAGACAGGUUGGGAACGGACGGUGCCACUAGGAAAACUCCUGGGGCAAAACAAACAAAGGAUAGACUUGUUUUUUUACUGAUUUUUGUAAUUUUGAUUAGGAGAUACCCCAUCAUUUGAAAUAUAAUUUUUUUUAUAU